CGCCAGUCUCUUAUGGAGAUUAAAAUCUCUCUCUGUCUUCUCUGGGAGACGCAUGUGUCCAUUAACCAGCUCCUAUCUGAAGACCUGCGGGUGAUGUCAGGGGUCAGCGGGUUGGAAGGACGCCGAGAAAUGACAGAUACGGCAAACGCUGAUUUGAGGCGGGGCCAGGAGGAGCACAGUGACGUCAUAUCGACUGGCUACAUUAGCGGCUGCGUAAGUGCACAAACGUCACACGCCUUGGAGAAGCAGGCCUUUCUGAUAGAGGAAAAGGGAGAUCCCAUUUCUACAUGAAACAGCUGCAAAUGAACAGAGGUGAUUCUGAGAUAUGGACGGAGGAAAUUUUGGUUACUCCAGGGACUACUUUGAUCGCUUUAUCCAGAGCCAGGACUCGUCCGUGGUGAACAAGUUCCAGCAGAAGUACUGGAAAACUAAGCAAACCCUCCUCAAGGUCACAGGGAAGAAGGAGGAUGAACAUGUGGUGGCGUCGGACGCAGAUCUGGACGGCAAGCUGGAGGUCUUCCACUCCAUCCAGAGAACGUGCAUGGAGCUGUUGAAAGUCAUCGAACAGUACCAGCGCAGGAUCUGCUUUCUGUCACAGGAGGAGAAUGAACUGGGUCGAUUCCUUCGCUCUCAGGGUUCCCAGGAUAAAACCAGGGCCGGAAAGAUCAUGCAGGCCACAGGGAAGGCUCUGUGCUUUUCCUCCCAACAGAGAUUGGCUUUGAAGAAGCCGCUGUGCCGUUUGUACCAGGAGGUAGAGACUUUCCGGUACAGAGCUAUCUCUGAUACGUGGCUGACAGUAAAUAGGAUGGAACAGUCCAGGACUGAAUACAGAGGAGCACUGCUUUGGAUGAAGGAUGUGUCUCAGGAACUGGACCCAGACACACAGAAACAGAUGGAGAAAUUCAGAAAGGUCCAGACCCAGGUCCGUUCCACCAAAAGCAGCUUUGACAAACUGAAGAAUGAUGUCUGUCAGAAAGUGGACAUGCUGGGAGCCAGUCGCUGUAACCUACUGUCACACGUGUUAACAACAUACCAGACCACUCUGUUUCACUUCUGGGAAAAAACGUCCCACACCAUGGCGGCCAUCCAUGAGAGCUUCAAGGGCUGUCAGCAUUAUGAGUUCUCCAUGCUGAAGGCGCUGCAAGACUCCACAAACAAAGGGGUAAAAAAGAAAGGGAAGAAGAAAAGUAAAGCAGAGAAGGAGGAGGGAAAGAAAACGGAGAACUCAGACGAGAAACUCGUCUCACUUGGUGCUGAAAAUGAGACAAGCAUACAAGAAAAUGCAAACCCGUCCUCGUACUGUGCAGUGUUGGACGAAGAACAGGACAGCCUGGCCUUGUUGAAUGAGAUUCUAGGCGGCAUGUCUGUGGACGAGGGGGACUUUUCUCAAGAGUGGACAGCAGUGUUUGGAGACACAGAGGGGAUAAACUCAGGGUGUGAGAGACAAACUGAAGCUCAGGAAAAGGAAGAGUCUUUCUUUCUUCCAUCUCAGCUGCUGGACCAGAGCCUGAAGAAUCUCAAUUCUUCUGUCUCAGAUGCAGACUGGAACAGCUUUGGUCAGCAGAAAUGUGUCCAAACAACUGAAGCCUCUCCUGAUGCCAACUUCAACCCAUCUAAAGUGACAGCAAAGGGAACAGCGGCAGCAUCCAGAGACCGCUCAGCCUGGUUCAACCUGUUCGCUGACUUGGACCCACUCUCCAAUCCUGACACUGUGGGAAAAACAGACCCGGCACAUGAACUCCACACAGCAUAGUUCUUCCUUCCUCAGAGUUAUACUCACUCUACCAGAAAGAAGAACUUGGUUUUAGUCACAACUGCAGCAAAUAUUCUUCCUGGUCACCACAAAAGAAUCGGUCGUCUCACGGAGGUUUUCAGGACUCCUGGCAAGACUAUACCAAAGGUAACUAAAGGUAACUGAAAAGUAAAAGUAAAUAGCUGAUGAUAAUGAUUGUCAGGUGAGUAAUAAGCUACGUAGGCGUUAGCUAAAGGAAAGUGGUGAGAAUCAACAUUUUCAAAUGUUUGGAGAAUGUUUAAAUGAAAAAUUGCUUAAAGAAUUAUUCAAACAGAUGUGGAUUAUUGAGGUAAUUAACUCAUCGUCAUGCAUUGUAAUUCAUGACCUUUUUUUAAUGAUGGCUGGAAAAACUUUGCUGCAGUUGAUCCUCAUUACGAAAAAUUAUGUCAGGCAAACAGUUACUGAGCCUGAACCAGAACUAUGAGCCUUUGACUUUGGCUGACUCAGGUCUAAAGUCCUCUCCUGGUUUUUCUGCAUCCGUUUCGGAUUCUUGUCACUGAUGUUUGCAAAAACAGAAAUUAAUGAAGGAAAACUAUUUAAAAAAAUCUGCUUUAAGACAGAUUUUAAAUAUGAUCUGUCUCUGUUUGGAGGUUGCAUGUUCUCUCCGUGUGUGCGGGAGUUUUCUACCGGCUCUCCAGUUUCCAUUCACAGUCCAAACAUACAGGAUGAGGUUUAAUGUUCACUCUAAGUAAACCAUAGGUGUGAAUGGGAAUGCGAAUAGUUUUUUAUACCAUAUGAACUGGUGGGCCGCCGGCUCGUAGCCCCCUGACUCUAAAAAUGAAUAAGUGGUAGAAGAUGAAUCUAAAUAUAUUCUACCAUAAGCUGGCCACUGCAUGUUGCAUGACUGUGUGAUUUCUAAUUAUUGAUCACAGUUAAUAGCAUUUUUGCUGAUUUGUGUAUUUUUCUUAAACAUUAUCAUACAAACACUGAUGUUU